UUCUAUUUGAUGUCCUAAUGGUGCUGUGGGAGAUCACAUUGGCGACAGCCUAUUGCUUAGGGCUCAAGAGGACCUAUCGCCUUGUCCUGCGCCUGCAGCGCCGCCUCCUGUCCAAGCAUCCAAGGAUCCGCGCCUUCGUCUUCAGGCGUGCUCGAGGGAUUUUUGAUGUAGCUCUCAGAGUCCAUAGAACCGUCCAGCAGCGCGACAUAGAUGCAGGCAAAAGCGUAGGGAAUCGAGUUCUUCGCUUUCUAGACCGCCUUCGACCAUCAGCCAACAUCCGCAAACACGACGCUCCGGAAAACAACGCGACUAAAUCCAACCAGCCGGACGAGCCCGCGAGAAAAAACCAAUGCCGCAGCAGCAGCAGUGGUGGUGGUGGCCAGAAAAGCAACGUAAACUUUGUCCAGCUCUCGACGACGACCCUCUACGGAUCACACGCAGGUUUUGGAGCUCUCGCCUGGGACUUACACGCAACUCCUCGAAGAUCACUGCCUCAUAUCCUUUUGGAAAACUUCUGGGCUCCUUUGAAAGCGAAGCUCGAGUUGUCACAGCGACACCGCGGCAUUUCCUCGGCUUGUCUCCAUCGCCACCCUGGUGGGAUCCAGUGGCAACAGCAGCGUCUAUAAGAAACCUUUUGUUUUAAGUGGGACUGACAACACCAUCUAUGUUGUGAUAGAAUUAUCCUUGGAACUGAAGGGCUCUCGCGAUUCUCCAGCAAAAUAAAUAAUAAGCCAUCUCCCAAGGUACACUCUUUUUAUUCUCUCUCUUUCUCAUGCAAGAAGACGAAAGCCUUAGGAACAGCGUGGAGCUCGUAUAGAUUGUGACGGGCCCCCGGUUUGCAGAGACGUGUUGGAUGGACCCCACUUUGGAUGCCUUGUUAAGUUUGAGGGAUAGAAAGCCGGAGAAGGCACAGCGGCGGCAUCAAGUAAGAGAGAGCUUUCUUCUUGUGUUUGUUUUUCUUCUCAAUUCGAGAGUCUCCGAGGAGAAAAGGGAGAAGCGGUUUUCAGCAGGAAUGGCCAAGUUUAAGGAGGGGAAGAGUGCGAUGUGGAUGUUGGUUCUGAUACUGGUGAUCUUCCUUUAUUUCUCAAUCCAAACAGCAGCUCGAGAAGAAAA